UUUCUCAAAAGACAAAUAAACAUUCUGAGCAUGUGCAGUGCCCGCAUCUCAUCAGACCACGUGGACCGGCGACUUCCGCUCCCGUGGUCACGUGACGCGGAAGCGGCGGCGCUGCCUUGUGAACACGUGGAGCGAGAGGCAGCCAUGAGCUCCGCAGACCCCGUCGCUGUCCCCGAUGGCCGCCGCCUGCUGGUGCAGUUCCGCGACGAGAAGGGGGCCGCGCUGGCGCCGCCGCUCGACCUCCCCGCGGACAUCAACGCGCAGCGCCUGCAGCUCGUGUGCGACGCACUGCUGCCGUCGGACGACCCCGCGCCGCUCGCCUUCUACGUGCACGAGGUGGAGAUCGUGGAGUCGCUAGAGCGCUCGCUGCUGCAGGGCCAGCCAGCCGCUGAGACGGAGCGAGCGCUCGACGUGGUGUGCCAGCCGCAGGCGACGUUCCGCGUGCGCGCCGUCACGCGCUGCACCAGCUCGCUGCAGGGCCACGCCGAGGCCGUCAUCUCCGUCGCGUUCAGUCCCAACGGACGGUUCCUGGCGAGCGGCUCGGGCGACACCACCGUUCGCUUCUGGGACAUCAGCACGGAGACGCCGCACUUCACGUGCACAGGCCACAAGCACUGGGUGCUCAGCAUCGCCUGGGCUCCUGACGGGAAGAAGCUGGCGUCUGGAUGCAAGAACAGCCAGAUCUUGCUGUGGGACCCGGAGACGGGGCGGCAGGUGGGGCGCGCUCUGACGGGGCACACCAAGUGGAUCACGUGGCUGUGCUGGGAGCCGCUGCACCUGAACGCAGAGUCGCGGUUCCUGGCGAGCGCCUCAAAGGAUGGCACGGUGCGCGUGUGGGACACGGCGCGCGGGGCGUGCGAUCGCGUGCUCGCGGGCCACACGCACUCCGUCACGUGCUUGCGCUGGGGCGGAGAGGGCCUCCUCUACUCCGCCUCGCAGGACCGCACCGUCAAAGUGUGGAGGCCGCACGAUGGCGUGCUGUGCCGCACCCUGCAGGGCCACGGACACUGGGUGAACUCGCUGGCGCUGAGCACCGACUACGUGAUGCGCACGGGCGCCUUCGAGCCCAAGCACGCCACCGUCGUCCCGCGCAGCAGCACCGCUUCCUUGGACGAGCUGAAGGAACAGGCGCUGAAGCGAUACAAUCAGGCCAAGGAAGUGCAGGGCGAGGAGCGGCUCGUGUCGGGCUCGGACGACUUCACGCUCUUCCUGUGGCACCCGGCGCUGGACAAGAAGCCGGUGGCGCGCAUGACGGGCCACCAGGCGCUCAUCAACGCCGUGGCCUUCUCCCCCGACGGGCGCAUCCUCGCCAGCGCCUCCUUCGACAAGUCCGUCAAGUUGUGGGACGGACGCACGGGGAAGUUCCUGGCGGCGCUGCGCGGCCACGUGAGCGCCGUCUACGCGGUGGCGUGGUCGGCCGACAGUCGGCUGCUGGUGAGCGGCGGCAGCGACAGCACGGUGAAGGUGUGGGACGUGCAGACGCGCGCCCUCUCCGUCGACCUCCCGGGCCACGCCGACGAGGUGUUUGCGGUGGACUGGAGCCCGGAUGGACAGAGAGUAGUCUCUGGCAGCAAGGACAAGAUGCUACGGAUAUGGCGGAAGUGAGGGCGGCCUGCCUGCCAGCCGCGGGUGACUCGCCAGUGGGGGAAGUUCGCCGCUCUCGGGGGCACCGCGACCGCCGCUUGCGGUCUCCGCCAGCAAAGUCCGCCGUGGCUGCCCAGCCCUGUGUACCUGUUGCCUCCCCUACCCACCCCUGUAUCUUGGUGGGCAAAGAGGCUCGUGUAUGAAGGCCCCCAGGGCAGGCAAGAGGGGUCGGCGUGACGGUGCACGCUCCGUGGGAUCGGGCGGCCCGCGACCCAGCGACGCCGGUUAGCGAUCGUGACGAGCGAGGCUUUUUCUACCGGUGUGUUCCGUAAUGUAAAUACUCGUUUUACCAAUUGAUAAAUAAAACAGCGUUAACUUUG